AUGUUUCUUGACUGCCGUGAUUGCAAUAUGCUCUUACAACUGAUGUUGUGGCUUCAUGUCUCCUCGAGCCAAGCUUUGUUCACAGUCAAACAUCAAGAGAUUUCGCUGUAUCAUGAUACGGGUUUCACUCCGGUAUCUAAUCCAUUUUACAGCGAUAGCUGCAGUAAUGCCCAGCCUUGUUUUUACUCACCAGGUUUCGGUGUACCAGCAAACUCUACCACACUCUACUUCAACACGAAUAGUCAGUCGGAGGUUAACGGCUUUGCCCAAUGCGUAGCCCUCGGUACUGGAAAUGCAUGUUGGGGACUUCUCAAAUUAGACCUUUGGCUCAGGUGGCAAUUCAAUGAUCAUGUGUGUCCUCCUGGGAUUGGCCUUUCGAAAUGCAUCUUGUACAACGUGAAACAAUCUCAAUCAGACUGUUCUGGAAUAAGACCCGGCACGUGCUCCGCCCCAGCAGGCUCGCAGACGUCCUCUCUGUCUGCUCAUCUUAUUGCCUAUACUCUCUAUGCAAUUAAUCAAUACCUCAAUUCAUGGUAUACAGCAGUACAAUACGCUGGUAGUAUUGUUGAAGCCAAAGUGGAUAAAAUUGUUCAAUUGCUUGACCCGCCUCAGGAUACUACGUUCGGUAAAUAUGGCGAACUUAUCGAAGCAUUUGUCGGGAUUGCUUCUCUUGUGGAUCCCGUAGUAGAGGUAACAGAUAGCUUGCUUUCAGCCGCACUAACGUUAGGUGACACUGUGUCUACCGCGAGCAAUAAAGAUCCGAUUAUUGGGCAAACUUUGAAUAAUGCCAAUUAUCCUACUGGAACGACCGACUCCCAGCUGUAUCAGAUUGCAGAUCUAAGAGAUGGGUUGAGCCAAAUAGUUGAGACAGUUCUAUCAAACCUUGAAAAAACAGCAGAAUAUGUGCUGGGCACCUUUGACGGUUUCCUGGCCUUUGCAGAUCAAGAGAAAUUCUCUGGGGACCUCCCUACGUUACAGAGCGAGAACAGCUAUCUACUCUACGUCUUUAAUACAUGGAUAAUCUCCAAAGCCUUGGUUGCGAACGAUAUACACGGCGUACUGGCAUUGAAUACUGAUCCAGUAGCACUAGCAACGAAUGGAACGAAAUUGAAUUACGACCUCAAUGCUAGCAAGACGUAUGAUAAUCUCAGAACCUACGACGCAUGGUGGUACAGUGACGAUCUCCACUCAGCAUUCGGGCUUGACGCGUUCAGCCAAAUGAAUCGACCACUGGGCGACACAAUUCGAGAACUCUUAGAGUACUAUACGACGGGCCCGCUCCUCUUCGAAUCAGCCUACAAAUGCGCCAGCCAAACAUCCUUGACUCAGACUGGUAAUACCGACGCCUUGAAUACCACUUGCCCAUCUCAGCUCAAAAUUCACACGUGGGAUAUGACUUGCGUCGACCCUAUCCUCAAUAGCACUUGCGAGUUUACAGAUGGGACUCCGCGCCAACAUCAAUUCCUAGAUGAGGCGGCUAAGGGUAGCUCUUUGUAUAGUUUUGAUCAGUCUGGGCUAGGAUAUAGUGUACCCAAUUCAUACCUUGGGCCACUGAUCACGCAGGAUAAGUACAAGUUGAAGCGGACAUGA